AUGAGUACUAAUAAUAAAGACGUGAAUGUGUCAUUGACACCUAAGAUUGAUUCCAAUACAUCCAACAGAGGGUAUGUUGGAGAUAAUUCUAAGGAGGCAUUGAAAAAGAAAAAGGGUCAACACGCUAAGGCAAAACCCAAGCAAAAAGUAAAAUAUAGCAACGAGUAUGGUAUAUUGAAUGAUGAUUUUUCACAGAAGAUAGAGAAUCAAAUUAAGAAUGGCAAGCAACUUAAUGGUACGAAUAGGAAAAAUCAAAUUUCCAUUAACCAUUUGUUGGAAUUCCAGUCGUACAAAGACCUGAAGGAAUAUCAAAGUCGCCAUUCGAAAUCGAAACGAAGAAACAGUAAUAAUCUGUCAAGAUCAGCUAAUUCUCAUGGAAGCAGGUCAAAAGAUUAUUAUUAUUCGAAGGUACAUUUAAAAGGAAUGUCGUUUAUUAAUGUAAACUACAAAUUUGUGGUUGACUAUAGAAAUGAUUACAAAUCUCAACAGUUAGAUCCUAAUGUGCCUAUUGAUACGAAAGAUAUUUUGCGAAUUAUUGUGCCAAAGGGUAAUUCUUGCCCGAUUUGCUUGUCUGAUGAGCCUGUAGCGCCUAGAAUGAUUACAUCUUGUGGUCAUAUUUUGUGCUUGACUUGUCUCUUAUCGUUACUAGAGAGUGAGGUUCCUGUUUUCAAGAAAAGAGAAAAUACAGCUGUUGUUGAAAAGUAUCGUGAUUGUCCAUUAUGUUUUUCCGUUAUACGCAAGAAUGAGAUUAAACCGGUAUUGAUUAAUAAUAUAGAUGAGAGGUUUGAGGUUCCUAAGGUAAACGAUGAAGUUGUAUUGACUUUAAUGGUACGCCCGCAUGAUAAAGUGUUGGCUUUACCUAGUAGCCAUAAAGAAUAUCAUGAAGUAAUUGACAGUUUUCCGUGGGUAAACCAAUCAGUUCUGGAUGUGCCUGACUUUGGACAAUUCCUGAGAAUUUUCAAAGGAGACCUACAUUACUUACUUCAUAUGUAUGAAAUGGAGAAGCAGACAAUAUUAGCCGCAUACGAAGAAGAAAAGCUCCUUUAUAAUGACGAUGGUAAGUUCACAAAGUUGGCAAUAGCUAAUAUUGAUGAAGAUAUUGUAAAAUGGAAAGCCUAUUAUGAAGACAUAGACGGAAAAUCAUCCAAAUACAUAGGAGAUCAUCGUUCCAAAAGUAAAGAAUUGGAUUCGGCAAAUUCAUAUUUCUAUUACCAAACCGGUUUCAAUGCAUCGUCGACAUAUGUAUUAUCUCCAUUAGACAUGAAAGUAUUGAAAACGAACAAUAAUAAUGAUUAUACUCAUUUACCAUCUUCGAUCGUGACAAAAAUUGAGAAUAUAAGGUAUGAAGAAUUGGCACCCGAAUCUUCAAUAACAAAGUACAAAUAUUUAUCGCAUCUACCAUUGGGGACAACUAUUGGGUUCUUGGAAUGUAACUGGUCACAAAAUGAAUUCAUUAGCCCCGAGACUUGGCAAACGUAUAAAAACGAUUUGCUUAAGAGAACAAAGAAUUCAAGCAAGAAAUUCCGUAAGGAAGAAAAAGACAGAAAAAGGGCCAUGAAUGAAGAGGAGAUUAGGACCAGAAAUUUCUUUGAACGGGAAAACAAUGGAAGUAACGAUUUGGAUGAAUACUAUGAUUCUCAAAUUGAUCGUGGAAACUUCGGGAGCUUAAGUAUUAUUGAUCACCGUGAAUUACCAUCACUUUCUUCAGAAGCUGUGUUAGAUUCCAGCAAUAAUAAGGAAAUAAGCAGCGACUCUUCUGUUGGUGAUUAUCAAACUACAAUUUGGGGUACGAAGAUACCUAAGGCCGAAGUUGUACAUGAUGAUUCUGAUAGUGACGAUUGGGAUGCAGAAGAGAUGAUCAGAAAAGCAAAGGAGGAAAUUAAUAGACAAGAAACCAAUAAUGGGAAAGGAAAGGGGAAGCAAAAAAAGAAGAAGAAACUUGUUCUCCUUUCAUCUAACUCUAAUUGGCAAAUGUAA